GCCAGCUUCCGUCCUACAUUGCAACUUGUCAUUUCUGGCACUUCUACGUCCCCGAUUCGAAGACUAGGUUGCCUACUUGCAAGAUGCCCGAGGCUCAACAGCAGGAGGAAGGAGGGAAGAGCAUCUUCCGCACGCUCGCCCAGAGCGUCGGUAUGUUCUUCCUCAUCCAAUAUGGAAUGAAGGCGAUCAUGCCCACGCCCAAGGCUGCCGACCCUGCCAAAGGUGGAGCAUCGGUACCCUCGUCCGGAGGUGUCAAAGUGACCAUCCCGCCGUACGCUGAACGCCCUCAUCAGCUGGACCCGGGUGCGCAAUGGAACCACUAUCCCCAGAGCGUUGCGCCCAUGUGGUCGCCCGGCACUGAAUUGGAUAUCGUCUUGUAUAUUUCGCCGUCCAUCGCCAUGCCGCCCUUGUCGUCCAUGCCCAAGGACUCGCUGGUGAUCAAUGAGAAGAACUUCAAGUUUGGAAGCUACAACGAGAACCGUGUCAUCGAGACCGAGUUCAAGGUACCCAAGGCUGUGCAGAACAAUGCCACCCUCUUCGGCCAUUUCUAUGUCGCGCAGAGUGGCAGUAAGCUCGAUCCCACUGUCUCCGGUUACAAUCCCUCCAAGGCAUACCAUUUCGUCCGACCAUUGACCCGCUAUAUCCCUAAGAAGAAGGUCGUGAAGACACGAAACCUCCUUUCGGAUUUGCCUGAUCGUGAUGUUGAGGUCGAGGAGGACAAGGAUGCCCCCAAGGUCAUUUCUUCCUAUUACCAUCCAAACUUCACGCUCUCUGCCAUCCCGGAUACUGGCGUCGUCCAUUUCCCUUCCAUGCACCCCGGUGUGAGGGCUUUCUUCCAGCUUGAAAGCGAGGGUGCUAGGGAUGCUAGCGGACAGCACUCCUGGUACUAUCCCGUUCUGUUCACCAACACUUUCUGGCAGCUCAAGAAGCACAUGAUUGAGCUUAACGACACAGUCACCACGCUGCCCCUGAAUGUCAAGUUGAACAACCUUGCGAAUUGGAAAUUCAACCUCUACGCUUCCGUAGAGGAGAACAUCCGCUCUCAACAGGCCGCAGCUGCGGCAGGCCAGGCUUCUCCUACUGGUGGCGAUGGCUCAGAGAUGGAGAUGUUCAAGGAGAUCCUCAUUGACAGCAACUCCUACCUCUUGGCAAUCACCGCUGUCGUCUCCGUCUUCCAUAUGAUCUUCGAGAUGCUUGCUUUCAAGAACGAUGUUGCCCAUUGGCGUAAGAAGAAGGACAAUGUCGGUACCUCGGUCCGCACCAUCCUCGCCAACGUUGUCAUGCAGAGCAUUAUCUUCCUCUACCUCAUGGAUAACAACGAGAACACCUCCUGGAUGAUCCUCUUCGGCCAGGGAAUGGGAAUUGCGAUUGAGGCCUGGAAGAUCACUAAGACUGUCAACGUUCGCGUGCGUGAAAGCGCUCCCGGCUCUUUCAUCCCCUAUACUGUUGUAUUCGAGGACAAGCACGUCCUGUCUGAGACAGAGAAGAAGACCGAGGAGUACGAUCAGAUUGCCUUCAAGUACCUGUACUGGGUCGCAAUCCCUCUCCUCAUCGCCUACGCCAUCUACUCCCUCAUGUACGACUCUCACAAGUCAUGGUACUCCUUCAUCAUCACCACUCUCGUCGGAUCCGUCUACGCCUACGGUUUCCUCAUGAUGGUGCCCUCCCUCUACAUCAACUACCGCCUUAAGUCCGUCGCCCACAUGCCCGGCCGCGCCAUGACAUACAAGUUCCUCAACACCUUCAUCGACGACCUCUUCGCCUUCACCAUCAAGAUGCCCACGCUCCACCGCUUGGCCACGCUCCGCGACGAUGUCAUCUUCUUCGUCUACCUCUACCAGACCUGGGUCUACAAGGUCGACUACACCCGCGUCAACGAGUUCGGCCAGGGUGGCGACGACGAGGAAGAGGAAGAGAAGAAGGCCAACGAGCCGCUCACCGCCCCCGCAGACGCGGACAAAUCGCCCAAGGUCCCCGAGAAGGACGAGGCGACCGCCAAGGCCACGGGUGCGCAGAAAAAGGGCGAGGGGAGGAAGAGGAAGUAGAUGUUUCUUCGCUUUCGUCGCGCUCUCUUCCACUCUUCCCCUGUAGACGUGUUAUUUUGGGGUGAAGGUUGAUAUAGAGCAUUCUUCUUUCUUGCAUUGGUUGAUGUUGCAUGCCAUUGCUGCGCCUUUAGUAUAAUCAAAUCAUAUGUAUAAUUGCUGAAAGCCUGAAAGACUAAGAGGUCGUUCGUCCACGACAGGACAGACUGAAAUAUAAAUACACAUCAAACGAACACACAUCAAUACUAGCACGAUCCCAGCACCAUUUGCCAUGUCUUCGACUUUUUUUCAUUUUCCAUUGUUUAGAUAGGUGCAAGCUUUAUUGAUUGAUAUAUCGAUUUCACGUCAAACGACGACGUUACAUAGCGUUUAGAUUUCCUUCACUCAUCCAACAACACCUUAAUCCAGAAACAAUCAAACAUCCCU